ACCUGGUCUCCUCGGGGCCCUUCUCCCUGCAGCAUGGCGAAGAACAAACUUCUUCCUCCAAGUCUUAUUCUCCUCCUCCUGGUCCUCCUGCCCACAGUCUCUGGAAACCCACACUAUAUGGUACUGGUCCCCUCCCUGCUUCAUACUGAGACCCUCGAGAAAAGCUGCCUCGUUCUGAGCCACCUGAAUGAGACAGUGACUGUAAGUGCUUCCUUGGAGUCUGUCCGGGUAAACAUGAGCCUCUUCACUGACCUCACAGCGGACAAGGACUUAUUCCACUGUGUCUCCUUCACUGUCCCAAGAUCUCCAGCCAAUGAAGAGGUAAUGUUCCUCUCUGUCCAAGUGAAAGGACCAACCCAAGAGUUCAAGAAGAGGACCACAGUGGUAGUUAAAAAUGAAGAGAGUCUGGUCUUUGUCCAAACAGACAAACCCAUCUACAAACCAGAGCAGACAGUGAAAUUCCGUGUGGUCUCACUGGAUGAAAAUUUUCACCCUCGGAAUGAGUUGAUUCCACUAAUAUACCUUCAGGACCCCAAAGGAAAUCGCAUCACACAAUGGCAAAAUGUCAAGCUAGAGAAUGGACUCCAGCAGUUGUACUUUCCCCUCUCAUCAGAACCCUUCCAGGGCACCUACAAGGUGGUGGUACAGAAGGAAUCUGGCAGAAGGAUAGAGCACCCCUUUACCGUAGAAGAAUUUGUGCUUCCCAAGUUUGAAGUGCAAGUAACAAUGCCAAAGAUAAUCACUAUUUUGGAAGAAGAAGUAAAUGUGUCAGUGUGUGGCCUGUAUACCUAUGGGAAGCCGGUCCCUGGACAUGCAACUGUGAGCAUAUGCAGGAAGUAUAGUAACCCUUCUAACUGCUAUGGUAGAGAGUCACAGGCACUCUGUGAGAAAUUCAGUCAGCAGCUAAACAGCCAUGGCUGCUUCUCUCAGCAAGUAAACACCAAGAUCUUCCAGAUGAAGAAGCAAGAGUAUGAAAUGAAACUUCAAAUGGAAGCCAAGAUCCAAGAAGAAGGAACAGAGGUAGAAUUAACUGGAACUGCUUCCAGUGAAAUUACAAGAACCAUAACUAAACUCUCGUUUGUGAAAGUGGAUUCAAACUUUAGACAAGGCAUCCCUUUUUUUGGACAGGUACGCCUAGUGGAUGGGAAAGGCGUCCCCAUGCCAAAUAAAAUCAUUUUCAUUCAAGCAAAUGAAGCUCACUAUCACUCCAAUGCUACCACUGAUGAGCAUGGCCUGGUGCAGUUCUCCAUCAAUACCACCAGCGUUAUGGGUACCACCUUCACUGUCAGGGUCAAACACAGGGAUAAUAGUCCGUGUUAUGGCUACCAAUGGCUAUCAGAAGAAAAUGAAGAAGCACACCAAACUGCUAAUCGUGUAUUCUCCCUAAGCAAGAAUUUUGUCCGCCUUGAGCCUUUGGCUCAUUCACUGCCCUGUGGUCAAACUCAGAAGGUCCAGGUGUAUUAUAUUCUGAAUGGAGUGGCCAUGAAGGAUCUGAAGGAACUCGUCUUCUAUUACCUGAUUAUGGCAAAGGGAGGCAUUGCCCUAACUGGAACUCAUGCUCUGCCUAUAGAGGAUGGAGAAAUGAAAGGCCAUUUUUCCAUGUCAUUCCCUGUGGAGUCCCAUAUUGCUCCCAUCGCUCGAUUGCUUGUCUAUGCCAUUUUACCCAGUGGAGAAGUGGUGGGGGACACUGCAACAUACCAGGUUGAAAACUGUCUGGCCAACAAGGUGGAUUUGAGCUUCAACCCAGCAAAAAGUCUACCAGCCUCAAACACCCACCUGAGAGUCACAGCUUCUCCUCAGUCCCUCUGUGCCCUGCGUGCAGUGGACGAAAGUGUGCUGCUCCUGAGGCCUGAGGCUGAGCUCUCUCCAUCAUCAGUUUAUAACCUUCUACCAGUAAAGAAUCUUGUCGGCUUCCCUGGAAGUCUUAAUCAGGAGGAAGAUGAUGGAGACUGUGUCAAUCAUCAUAAUGUCUAUAUUAAUGGAAUCUCAUAUUCACCAGUACCAAACACAAAUGAAAAAGACAUGUAUAGCUUCCUAAAGGAUAUGGGUUUAAAGGUAUUGACCAACUCAAAGAUUCAUAAACCCAAAAUAUGCCCACAGCCUCUACAGUAUGAAAUGCAAUCAUCCCGAAGAUUAUUAGCUUCUCCAGCUGCCUUUGAAAUGCGAAGAGCCCAAAACUUUAUAGAAUUGGAAGAAGAUUCAGCAGUUUCAGACUCUCACACAGAGACUGUGCGGAAGUAUUUCCCUGAGACAUGGAUUUGGAACUUGGUGGUAGUAAACUCAUCAGGUGCAGCUGAAUUGGAAGUAACAGUCCCUGAUACCAUCACCCAGUGGAAGGCAGGGGCCCUCUGCCUGUCCAAUGACACUGGACUUGGUCUCUCUCUUCCUGCCACUCUCCAAGCCUUCCAGCCCCUCUUUGUGGAGCUCACAAUGCCCUACUCUGUGGUCCGUGGAGAAGCCUUCACACUCAAGGCUACUGUCUUAAACUACCUUCCCAAAUGCAUCCGGGUCCAUGUGGAGCUGCAAGACUCUCCUGAAUUCCUUGCUGUCCCAAUGGAGAAGGAACUAAUAUUUCACUGUGUCUGUGGGAAUGGGCGGCAUACUGUGUCCUGGGCAGUAACUCCAAAGUCAUUAGGGAAUGUGAAUUUCACAGUAAGUGCAGAGGCACUGGAGUCUCGAGAGCUAUGCGUAACUGAAGAGCCUGUGGUUCCUAAACAGGGAAAGAAAGACACAAUCAUCAAGGGCCUGUUGGUUGAACCUGAAGGACUAGAGAAGGAAACAACAUUCAACUCGCUACUCUGUCCAUCAGGUGCUGAGGUGUCUGAAAUAUUAUCCCUAAAGGUGCCACCAAAUGUGGUAGAAGAAUCUGCCCGAGCCUUUGUCUCAGUUUUGGGAGACAUAUUAGGUUCUGCCAUGCAAAACACACAAAAUCUCCUCCGGAUGCCCUAUGGAUGUGGAGAACAGAAUAUGGUCCUCUUUGCUCCUAACAUUUAUGUUCUGGAUUAUCUAAAUGAAACACAGCAGCUGACUCCAGAGAUAAAGGCCAAGGCAAUUGGCUACCUCGUCACUGGUUACCAGAGACAGCUGAGCUACAAGCAUUCUGAUGGCUCUUAUAGCACCUUUGGGGAGAAAUACGGCAGGAGCCAGGGAAAUACAUGGCUCACAGCCUUUGUACUGAAGACUUUUGCCCAGGCUCGACGCCACAUCUUCAUUGAUGAAGUGUACAUUACCCAAGCCCUCACUUGGCUCUCCCAGAAACAGAAAGACAAUGGCUGUUUUAGAAGCUCUGGGUCACUGCUCAACAAUGCCAUUAAGGGUGGAGUAGAUGAUGAAGUGACCCUCUCUGCCUAUAUCACCAUUGCCCUUUUGGAGAUUCCUCUCCCAGUCACUCACCCUGUCGUCCGCAAUGCCCUGUUCUGCCUGGAGUCAGCCUGGAAGUCAGCCCAGGAUGGAGCCCAUGGCAGCUAUGUCUACACCAAGGCACUGUUGGCCUAUGUGUUUGCCCUGGCAGGUAACCAGGACAAGAGGAGAGAGGUACUCAAGUCACUUGAUGAUGAAGCUGUGAAGGAAGAUGAGUCUCUCCACUGGGCACGACCUCAGAAACCCAGGGCACCAGUGACGCCUUUUUACCAACCCCAGGCUCCCUCUGCUGAGGUAGAGAUGACAGCCUAUGUGCUCCUUGCUCAACUCACUGCCCAGCCUGCCCCAACCCCAGAGGAACUGACUGCUGCAACGCGCAUAGUGAAGUGGAUCACAAAGCAACAGAAUUCCUAUGGCGGCUUCUCCUCCACCCAGGACACAGUAGUGGCUCUCUAUGCCCUGUCCAGGUACGGAGCAGCCACUUUCUCCAGGACUGGGAAAGAUGCACAGGUGACCAUUCAGGAUUCACGGACCUUUUCCACAAACUUCCAAGUGGAUAACAACAAUCAGCUAUUACUACAGCAGGUCUCAUUGCCAGAGGUGCCUGGUGAAUACACUGCAAAAGUGAAAGGAGACAGAUGUGUCUACCUCCAGACAUCCUUGAGAUACAAUGUUCACCCAGAGAAGGAAGAGUUUCCAUUUGCCUUGGGGGUGCACACUGUGCCCCAAACUUGUGAUGGACCCAAAGCUCAUACCAGCUUCCAGAUCUCACUGAAUGUCAGUUACACAGGAAGCCGCUCUGUCUCCAACAUGGUGAUUGCUGAUGUGAAGAUGGUAUCUGGUUUCAUUCCCCUAAAACCAACAGUAAAAAUGCUUGAAAGAGCUAGCCAUGUGAGCCGGACAGAAGUCAGCAACAACCAUGUCUUGAUUUACCUGGAUAAGGUGACAAAUCAGACAUUGAGCUUGUCCUUCAUGGUUCUGCAGGACGUCCCAGUAAAAGAUCUAAAACCAGCCAUAGUGAAAGUCUAUGAUUACUAUGAGACAGAUGAGUUUGCAAUUGCUGAGUACAAUGCUCCUUGCAGCAAAGAUCUGGUGACGGGAGAAUCCAGCAGUUUUCAAGGCAGCCUUCAGAGCCAAGACCCUACCCUCACUGAAGUCACUGAGGCCUGCAAAGAAUUAACAGCCUCAUCUGGGCCAUGA